AUGGGAGCUGACGUGGCGAGCCUGGGCCUCUUGGUGGUGCUGUGGGCGUGUGUAAGAAACUCCAUCUCCAUGACCUCGGACUUGAGAGAAGCCGCAUUGCAGGUGAGCGGGCCCCUGCCGUGCGGAGAGUGGGACUGUGAGUGUGCGUUCACCCGGCAGCGCGGCUGCUGCUGUGCGGCACACGACUUCUUUAACCUGGAGGAGCGCGUCUUCACACAGAUGAUGGGCCAGUGGGGGGCCCUGAAGCAGCUCAACGGCCAGAUUGAGGCACUUGCAGGGGGAAGACAGGUGGCGUUCACUGCAGCGAUGACCCCCAUGACCAGCUGUUUCGGACCCUUCACAGUCGACGUACCGAUCCCCUACAGGGAGGUCUCCCUGAACUCCGCCAGUGGAUACAACCCCGCUCUCGGCCUUUUCACAGCCCCGCGGGAGGGAGUCUACUCCUUCUCCUUCAGCGUGUACUCCAACGUGGGCUCGGGGGGCGAGCGGCUGUACCACCACGCCGUGCUGAUGCAGGACGGGCGUCCCGUGGCGUCGGUGUGGGAGGACAACCGCGACGACGGGCAGGACAGUGCCACACACACCGUGCUGCUGACCCUGCCGCCCGGCGGGCAGGUGUACGUGGCACUGCAGUCGGGCCGGGAGCUGUGCGGCGACACGCAGAGACGCAACGUGUUCAGCGGCUACCUGCUGUACGCCACGGAGGAGUGA